CUUUAUAAUUCUCUACAGGGAGUGUGAGUGCUCUCAUCCUAGCUAACUGACAGUGAAAAAGUUUUUUUACAGAGGUCCUAUUGGUGGAUACUUUUACAGGGCACAUUUAUGGGGCGUAAGUAAGCAUAUUCAACAAGAGCUAAAAACUUGCCGAAAUCAUUUGUAGAAAAGAUAGCUUAACAUUAGAAGUCUAGUGUCAUCACUAUCCAAGGACAUGGUCUUGCCGGGAACAGGAUUACCACGGUAUAGACUGUGAUGGAUAGCAACCUAAGUGGAGACGCCACCACUGGAUCUGCAAUUUCACUGGAGAUAAGCAUCAUGGGAAGGUUCCUGUUUUGGGUCUCUCUGUAGGACUGAGCCUAUGAGUGAGCCACUAUGGGGGACUGGAACUUGUUGGGCAAGCUGUUGGAGAGUGCCCAGGAGCACUCCACCGUAGUGGGCAAGGUCUGGCUGACCGUGCUCUUCAUCUUCAGGAUCCUGGUGUUGGGAGCUGCAGCUGAGAAGGUGUGGGGUGACGAGCAGUCUGGCUUCACCUGUGACACCAAGCAGCCUGGUUGUCAGAAUGUCUGCUAUGAUAAGACUUUCCCCAUCUCUCACAUCCGCUUCUGGGUGUUGCAGAUCAUCUUCGUGUCCACGCCCACUCUGAUCUACCUGGGCCACAUCCUGCACCUGGUGCGCAUGGAGGAGAAACAGAAGCAGAAGGAGAAAGACUUGGCUGCGCAGCUGGCCAUCCACAAUGACAAGCAGCAGCUGCUGCCUGACGCCAAACCCAAGAAGCCCCCAGUCCGGGACGAUCAGGGCCGCAUCCGCCUGCGAGGGGUCCUGCUUCGCACCUAUGUCUUCAACAUCAUCUUCAAGACCCUGUUUGAGGUGGGAUUUAUCGUAGCCCAGUACCUGCUCUAUGGGUUUGAGCUGAAGCCACUGUACACCUGUAACCGCUCACCCUGCCCCAACGUGGUGAACUGCUACAUUUCCAGGCCCACAGAAAAGACCAUCUUCAUCCUUUUCAUGCUGGCAGUGGCGUUCAUCUCGCUGCUACUGAACCUAGUCGAGAUGUAUCACCUGGGGUUCACCAAGUGCCGCCAGGGCCUCCGGUAUAGACGUGCCCAGUCCACAUUUGAGGCAGGGUACAAGGUCCCCAGCGAGGCAGUAGUGCCCUUUGUCCCGAACUAUAACUACUUCCCCAGGCACCAACCAGCCCCUGAGCCAUACCAUGCAGACGAGUACAUCUUGACUGAGCCUGACACUGCCUACCACCCCUACAGCAGCAAAGUGGCUUACAAGCAGAACAGAGAUAACCUGGCCGUAGAGAGGAACAGUAACCCAGAAGGGGGUGACACCACAGAAAAUAAAGGUUCCAGUUCUGCUCCAGGGUCGCCUGCAGAGAACCAACGGCGUCCGAGUCGAUCCAGCAAGCACAGCAAUAAUAAGACCAGACUAGACGAUCUAAAGAUCUGAAGGACAGUUAUGGCUUAUUUUCACCACAGGGUUUUAUACAGUGGCUUGGCCUACAGAUCUAAACGUUUGUGUUUCCACCUGAGGUGGCGGGGAAAAAAAUAGUUGGGCCUUGGACCUAAUCUGACUUGGGGCCAGACUUGGGACGAGAGUGGGACUGUCGGAGAUGCAUUAAAGCUGGAAUUCUUAAUGGUGAAACUGCCACGGCUGUUUGCAAUAUUACAACAAAGAAGUUACUGCAAACAAAAACGUUUUUUCCCCUUCUGACAUCAUUGCACACAUGAUAGCACAUCAGCAUAUGUAUUGGAAUGUUUUGGACAAUUUCCCUAGUAUAAAACCAAGGUGUAUACACAACACAGGUAUCAGUCAAAAUGCAGCAUUCACCUAUUUCCACACCCUAAACAUCACCCUGUACCAAAGUAGAGUAGAGGUUUAGGUUCAUUUUGUUUACUUGCUCGAGAUAAACAUUUUACUCCUGAAAACAGAACUUCUCCAACUGAAAAACAUCAGAUGUUUGAGGCAUUGACGCAAUGCUGUGUCCUAUGUGCAGUGCUACAAACAGAGGUGGGCUCAUGUUCUACUUUAGUUGUUACUGUACAGAGCAAUCCCGUGGCCAGCAGACAAGACCCAAGUACGGGGUAAAAUGUACUCCCUGGACAAGUGCCAUAUCUCUAUCUGUCUCGGGAGUCUGUAUGCAAAGAGGCCAAUCGAACUCCAAAGCUUCAUUAAUUAGUUAGGGCAUAAAUAAUAGCAACAGUUGGGAGGUUUUCUCCCAUUAGCCAAACAUUUGCCACGUAGAGUAUAAUAUUUCAAAGUGUUCAAGGCAAGUUGUUUUAUGAACCCAUAUCAUGCUGAUUAUUCUGACUGGGAAUAAUGACAAAGCAAAUGCUUGUCCGUUUCAUAUCACUGUGUAAUCCUUUGGCAGACCACAUACCAGAAAGAGUUUAAAUGCAGAACGCAUUUCAUUGAUUUAACAACCAUGAAUAAUGAAUUGUAUUUUUAUGAAAGAAUUUGUACAAGACAUUCUCAAUUCUAUAUGCAUCCUUUAAUUAUAAAGACAGAAAAUAAACAUAGUACAUAUUCAACUUUUCUCAAGACAUUCACGACUGAAAAUGCAUUAAAACAUACUAUUUUGUCAAGACAAUACAAUCUAAGCAGGAUUAAAAUGAAGUAAAUAAAAAAACUAUUCUAUCACGAUGUUAGGCUUAUUUUGUUUAAUGAAUGUUUAUGAUUGUUACAAUAAGAAAUGAUUAAAUGAGGGGCAAUAUACACUACAUGUCCAAAAGUAUGUGCACUCUUCCAGGAAGGCUUUCCACUAGAUUUUGGAACAUUGCUGCAGGGACUUGCUUCCAUUCAGCCACAAGAGCAUUAGUGAGGUCGGGCAAUGAUGUUGGGCGAUUAGGCCUGGCUCGUAGUCGGUGUCUGCCACAAAGUUGGAAGCACAGAAUCGUCUAGAACGUCAUUGUAUGCUGUAGCAUCUGCUAAAUGACUUAAAUGUAGCAUUAAGAUUUCCCUUCACUGGAACUAAGGGGCCUAUUCCGAACCACGAAAAACAGCCUCAGACUAUUUUUUACUCCUCCACCAAAGUUUACAGUUAGUACUACGCAUUCAGGGAGGUAGCGUUCGAGGCAUCCACCAAACCCAGACUUGUCCAUCAGACUGCAAGGUGGUGAGUCCAAUGGCUGCAAGCUUUACAUCACUCCAGCCGACGCUCAGUAUUGCGGAUGGUGAUCUUAGGCUUGUGUGCAGCUGCUUGGCCAUGGAAACCCAUUUCAUGAAGCUACUGACAAACAGUUAUUGUGCUGAUGUUGCU